GCCAAUAGAACCGGCUUCAGUUCAGCGACUGUGUUGCGUAAGGACACACUGCGGCUCCUGAGCGGCUCUAAGCGCAGGUUCACCUCCACUCAUCGGGUUUCAUCUCUUCACAAUGGCAGGUCCGAAGAAAGUCUGCAUCGUCGGCUCAGGAAACUGGGGUUCUGCCAUCGCCAAGAUAGUGGGUGCCAAUGCUGCAAAGAAUUCAAAAUUUGACAACACCGUAAAAAUGUGGGUAUUUGAGGAGAUGGUGAAAGGACGUAAACUGACGGAAAUAAUCAACACUGACCAUGAAAAUGUGAAGUACCUUCCUGGCCACAAGUUACCAGCAAAUGUGGUGGCUGUGCCAGAUCUAGUGGAGGCAUCUCGUGAUGCAGAUAUCUUGGUCUUUGUGAUACCGCACCAAUUUAUUGGGAAAGCAUGUGAUACAAUGAAGGGCAAGAUAAAGAGUGACGCACUGGGAAUAUCUCUCAUCAAGGGUGUGGAUGAGGGUCCUGAUGGACUUAAACUCAUCUCUGAUGUGAUUCAGGAGACACUUGGUAUCACCAUGAGUGUGUUGAUGGGGGCCAAUAUUGCCAAUGAGGUUGCUGAUGAGAAGUUUUGUGAAACUACUAUUGGAUGUAAGAAUAAAAACUAUGGUAUUCUCCUGAAGGAACUCAUGCAGACCAGUAACUUUCGAGUUACUGUAGUAGAGGAGUAUGAUGUGGUGGAAAUCUGCGGCGCCCUGAAGAACAUUGUUGCAGUCGGUGCAGGGUUCUGUGAUGGUCUUGGCUAUGGGGAUAACACAAAGGCAGCAGUGAUCAGGUUGGGCCUGAUGGAGAUGAUUGCCUUUGCACGCAUUUUCUGCACCACAGGACCUGUGUCCUCAGCAACCUUCCUGGAGAGCUGCGGCGUGGCUGACCUCAUCACCACCUGCUACGGUGGUCGCAACCGCAGAGUAGCUGAGGCUUUUGUGAGGACUGGGAAGUCAAUUGAAGAGCUGGAGAAAGAGAUGUUAAAUGGUCAAAAGCUGCAAGGACCAGCAACAGCAGCUGAGGUCUAUCUGAUCCUUAAACACAAAAACCAUAUUGACAAGUUCCCGCUGUUCAGUGCUGUGUAUCAGAUCUGCUACCAGGGCCAUCCUGUCACUGAGUUCAUAAGCUGUUUGCAAAACCACCCAGAACACAUGUAAAAACAACAAACCGACUAAGUGCCUUUUACAGGAAAACAAUGCUUUUAAUCCGAGGACCAGUUAUUCCAGCCGUCAUGCAAUUUUCCAUCUCCAGCCAAUCAGUGGGAUUCCUUUUUGAGAUAGUUAUUAAUGUUUGUGUAUUUAGUUCUAGUUUAUCUGCUUUGUCCAGUUUGAUAAUUCAGGUUUCCCAGACAUUUGGAUGUUGUGUUUUUGUUUUAUCUUUGCAUAUUUUGUUGCACUAACCUGUCACUCAUUACCUUAGUAGUCCAGAGUUCAGGAAAUUAAGCCUCAACAAAAGGUGUUUAAUUGCUUCUUGUAAUAUUUUAAAAUCUAUAGAAGCAGAAUGUCAGGUGCAAGUUAGCAUAAGAAUGUGACAUUGAAACGUUUCUUUUAACAAUUUUAAAUGCUGUUUACAAACAUCUACUUAACACUUGGAAGGAUAAUUUUUGAGAAUGGGUUUUAACAACAAAUGAGUCAGAAUGCACAGUGCCAGUUAUUACAUAGGAGCCAAAUCACUAAAUGAAAACUUAGAUGAACUUAAAAGGUUAGUCAGAGUUGACUUUUUUCCAUAUAUGUUUAUGUACAUUGUUUAUGCUGCAUUACAGUACGCGUAUGUAUGGGGUGCCAAAUGUAAAAGGAGCACCUAUCACUAGUUUUCUCACAUUUAACUAAAUGACACAACAUGUUUUCUCACAUUUAGUUAAAUAUGCAAAAGUCUAAAUGUAAAUGUUAAAUGUAAAUGUUAAAUGUAAAUGUUAAAUGUAAAUGUUAAAUGUUCGCCGAGUGUAAACUGAAUAUUCAUCAAUGGGCAAGUAGACUCCAUCCCUACCCUCAAACACCGCUGGUCUCAGAUCAGAGACGCGAACUCAAUCACCUCAAACAGUGCGCGCAAACCCCGCCCACAUCUGAUCUGGAAACUUUUGUUUUUAGCCUGGACGUAACUUCGGCUAGCUAGUAUAGUUAGCCAACUAAUUCUCCACCGGCGCCAGAGAAAUAUUCUAUUUAAACCUACUUAACUCCUCAUUAAUGGUGUUUACGACAGAACGGCAGUUUGAAGCGGAGCCUCAGCCCGCACACCUGCCGUUACAGCCCGUUCAAUCUCUCCCAACGGGAGGGAGUCGGAGCUGGCGGCCAUGAUGGCUUCGACUUCAGGCUUCUCUCCAGUAUUUUCGUGCACCGAUCCAGAGUCAGAUGCGGAGCUAUGCGUACUGUUUGACGUGUUUGAGUCUGAUCUAGGAUAAUAGGGAGUGGAGUCUACUUAAAUAUUCAGUUCGAUCAUUUAACAUUUAGAUUUACAUUUAACAUUUACAUUUAACAUUUACAUUUAGACUUUUGAACAUUUAACUAAAUGUGAGAAAACAUGUUGUGUCAUUUAGUUAAAUGUGAGAAAACUAGUUAUAGGUGCUCUUUUUACAUUUGGCACCCCAUACGUAUGUGGAUUUUAAGAUAAGAAAUACUUUGAUGAUCCCAGUGUAAGUGCCUUAGAACACAAGAUUAAGUUAGUCUUUUUUUUCCCCCUAUAAAAGGUUUAAUCCAUCCAGGUUCCAUCCACCACAACAUCUGUUACUGGGGUGUAGCCUGACCUUGUUAUCAUUUAUUUCUAACUAAUGGAAUCUGUCAGUUCGUCUGAAUAUAUGAAUCAAAAUGUCUGUUAUUUAAAUAAGUCUUCAACAGCGUUAAAACAGAGUUGGUAAAGUGGGGAAAUGCUGUGGUGGAAAGCUGAUUAAACCAAUCACAUUCAAAAGGAGAGAUGUCUGUUUAAUUUAAAAUGAGAUCUAAUAACUACUGCAUCUUAUCACUGCCAAAAUGAUAAGACUGAUUGUUGCAAUAAAAACCUAAUUUUAAGGGCCUUCAGAUUUGAUGGUGUAUCAAAAGGUACCUCAAAGCACGCACAACCUUUUGAUCUGGUGUCAAACAAGAUUGCAACCUAAAUGCACCCACCAGCAGGUUAAUAAAGGUUUAAUUGGGAUAAAGCUUAAUUAGUGAGCCAGGCUAGAGACAGGCUAUCUGAUUUUAAAUUUAAAUUCUGAGGUCAACCUUUAAAUGUCACCUAUUAACAAGUCAAACACAUUAGAGAAGCAGAACGAGUUUAUUACAACUUGUGGAAAUGUAGCUAGCGUUACAUGAGCACGCAGAUAGCAGCAUACAGUACAUCAUUUAAUAAACAUUCACUGUUGACCACUAUCUGGAGUAUUUGAAAUAUAGAAUGAAUAAUCAGACUCAAUCAAACUUAAGUAACCCUGAAAAAAAUAUGAAAAGGAAUGAAGCUCAGAGGGAGGGUACUAAUCAAAAUAAGAACACGCUCUGUCCACAAAGCCAUUUAAUGCCAGUAUGAAUGCUUUUAACCAAACUAUAAACAAGAAUCCUGCCCUAACCAUUCCUGGCUUCAGACAGGAGGAAAAAAGAAACUAAAAUAGGUAAAAAGAAAUUCCAGAAAGUGUGAUGAAUACACGCAGUCAAAGCCUGAAAGGUUAUAACCAUUACAGUACACAGCGAUAGUGGACAAUCCUACCACUUAGUCCUCAUCUUUGCAGUGUCAGGUUACCACUUUUGCUACAGUACAAUUAAGCCUGACUAUGCUGACUGGUUAUUGCUUAGGUCCUGUUACUCAGUUUAUAACCCCAAUCAUUUAAGACUUUUAAAAGAGAGUCCCUGGGAAUGGAGCCACAAUUAAUUUGUUGACCAAAAUUUUCUCAAUGAGACCAUUUUUGUUUUCCCUGUAACAGAGUUGGUCCCACCUCUAAAUUAAAAUAAAGCCACUUGGAAUAUUUAAAAUAAGAAAAUAACUACUAAAACUAUUUUUGGUUUCAAUAAUUAUGCUACCUGAAUUUUCUUUUUCCAAAUAUACCUACUGCUGUAAUGGAUCCACAUGGUGGAUAGUCCAGUUUCGGGACAUGACAGUCUACAUAUCCAGCUGCAUCCCUCAUCCUAUGUUGCUGCUACUUAUGCCUCCACACCUCAUUCCAGUUCACAGAGGAUUGACCCAUUUGUAAGUGCCUUCAUAGCGAAACCCAACUCUCUUUGAUAGGUCAUCUGCUUCUGUAGGGCCACGACUAAGGAGAAAAGAAAGAAUCAGUUACUACAAUAAUUAUCAUGAUUACAAAGUCCUAGUCAAACGCAUUACCUACCUCCCAUAUUUGUAAGGAAUAGGUUUAGGCUUUUCCUUAUCAAUCUGAUGGAGAAGAGGUGUGAAGAUCCUCCAGGCCUCCCUUAGCUCAUCACUGUAGAGAAAGAAGAUUCAACAUGGGUGAGGACAGAGCUUCAAUAGACUGAAAUAUAUGUAAGGCCUUUACAUUGACUAUUUUAAUUAUUAUAAUAAUUAAUUAUAAUCAUUAAUUAUAACAGAUCAGAAGUCUUAUGAAAACAGAAAGUAACGGCUGUCUUGUUUGGUGCUUUGCUGUAAAAUAUGAGAACAGUAAUUUUUUUUAAAAUUGCAGCUGGUUAACGAUAAGCAAAUGACGGCAGUUAAAGCAGAAAGUCAGCCUGACAUUCACAUUCCCGGACAACUUUGUGUUCCUUUCGGAACAUGAAUACAUCUAAUGUACGGUAAUUGUGUAAAAGUUUAUACUGUUAUUACUGUGGGUGGUAUAUUGCACACCCCCCGACACCAUCUAGUGAACUGUAGGUUCACAAGACAUUCAGGUUAUAGGGAUAAGAUACACUGUACCUGCGCACAAAGUGCAUCUGACUUCCACAGAAGACAUCCAGAAUGAGGCGCUCAUAAGCAUCUGGAAGCUUCACAUCCUAAAAAAAAGUUUUGACAUUGGAAAAAUGUAUUGACAGAAAAAAGAACAACAAAGCAUUGAAACUAUAAUUAUUUUUAACAAAUGCACGUUUGUUUGGGACUUUGUGUUAAGCAGGGAUUUAACAGGACAGUAAAUAAACUUGAACCCAUUGUACCUUGUA